UGAUAAUGUUACCUAUAAUGUCGGGUUGCUGUAAGGCAUAGCUUUGCACCAGGGAGCACCCCAUUCAAAUUAUCUGUGGGUUUCUGACUUGCUUGCAUCAUUUCUCAAUAACUAUCUUUCAUUCCAGCCUGCUUGGACUGUCUUCAGCAGUGACCAUUCAAGGAACUUUCUUAUAGACACAGAACUAGAGAUGGACCCUGGGAUUCAUACCAGGAAGCACUUUUUCCAACACUUUCUUCCUGUGAUAGAAAGGUACUCCAGAAAGCAGGAUUUGCUUCUUUCCUUGUGACAAAGGGUAAAAGUAGAUGAAACAUGGUGUCAAAGAGUUCAAGAUACAGCUCUGGUAUUUGGCCAUGAAAAGCGUCUACCUAUAUAAACCCAGCUCUUUUUCUUAAGGCAGACUUUUUCCUUUAUUUCCAAACUUGGUUUCCAGAAGCAGACCUCUAACUUUGGGGGGCACUUAACUCAUGAGAUCUGCGGUCCAUUAAGGCCACCAGACUCUAAGGUGGAAAGAAGGAACAUGAACUCCCUCACACAACAUUCAGGGAACCCUGGUGCUUCUCAGCCUUGGCCACCCGUAGCUAGGUCAUUGUGACGCAAACGCUAUGGACACGUGGAACACCUGCAGGAAAGCAGGGGCGGGGUCACCUCGGGUGGCAUGUCCAUACGGUGGAUACCCGCAGGAGAUGGGGGUCACGGGAAGACCCCAGGGAGUACAGAGAGAGACACUAGCUCCCCCAACCCCCGAUCCGCCCCUAACAAGUUAUUCCUGGGACUUACAGGAUCGGUAUACUCAAGAUAAGUCAGUUGUCAAUAAGAUGCAACAGAAGUAUUGGGAAACGAAGCAGGCCUUUAUUAAAGCCACAGGGAAGAAGGAAGAUGAGCAUGUUGUUGCCUCUGAUGCAGACCUGGAUGCCAAGCUGGAGCUAUUUCACUCAAUUCAGAGAACCUGUUUGGACUUAUCUAAAGCAAUUGUACUCUAUCAAAAGAGAAUAUGUUUCUUGUCUCAAGAAGAAAAUGAACUGGGAAAAUUUCUCCGAUCCCAAGGCUUCCAAGAUAAAACUCGAGCUGGAAAAAUGAUGCAAGCCACAGGAAAGGCCCUCUGCUUUUCCUCCCAGCAAAGGUUGGCCCUGAGAAACCCUUUGUGUCGAUUUCACCAAGAAGUAGAGACUUUUCGGCAUCGGGCCAUCUCUGAUACUUGGCUGACAGUGAACCGAAUGGAGCAAUGCCGGACAGAAUACCGAGGGGCAUUAUUAUGGAUGAAGGACGUGUCUCAGGAACUUGAUCCAGAUCUCUACAAGCAAAUGGAGAAGUUCAGGAAGGUACAGACACAAGUACGCCUUGCAAAAAAAAACUUCGACAAGUUGAAGAUGGAUGUAUGUCAAAAAGUGGAUCUUCUUGGAGCAAGCAGAUGCAAUCUCUUAUCUCACAUGCUAGCAACAUACCAGACCACUCUGCUCCACUUUUGGGAGAAAACGUCUCACACCAUGGCAGCCAUCCAUGAGAGCUUCAAAGGUUAUCAACCGUAUGAAUUCACAACACUAAAGAGCUUACAAGACCCUAUGAAAAAACUAGUUGAGAAAGAAGGGAAGAAGAAGAGCGCCCGACGGGAAAACUCAGAGGCUGCAGGGCAGGAGCCAAGUCAAUUAAUUUCCCUGGAGGAGGAAAACCAGCACAAGGAAUCCACUACUUUUAAGACUGACAAUGAAAAAAGUACUUCAUCUUCCAUAGACAAAAGCUCUGCUCAUAACACGUAUUCAGGACCCAUAGAUGAACUAUUAGACAUGAAACCUGAGGAAGGAGCUUGCCUGGGCCCCAUGGCAGAGACCCCAGAACCUGAAGGGGACAAGGAUGACCUCCUGCUGUUGAAUGAGAUCUUCAAUGCUUCAUCUCUGGACGAGGGCGAGUUCAGCAGAGAGUGGGCCGCAGUGUUUGGAGAUGAACGGCUGAAGGAGCCAGCCCUAAUAGGGGGCCUGGGAGAGCCAGACCCCAAACCCCAGAUAAGCUCUGGAUUCCUUCCCUCACAGCUUUUAGACCAAAAUAUGAAAGACUUACAGUCCUCACUACAAGGCUGGUCAGAGAGCAAUGUCAGUCCUCCUACUCCAUGGCCAUCACCACUGAUGAGCAAUCCAAAUGGCAGCACCUCUGCACUGAAAGAGCCUGCCAAGGCUGCCUCAGACCUGACUGCUUGGUUCAGCCUCUUUGCUGACCUCGACCCCUUAUCAAAUCCUGAUGCUGUUGGAAAAACCGAUAAAGAACAUGAAUUGCUCAAUGCAUGAGUCUGCAGCCUUCAAAGGGAGCCCUCAGACCUCUCCACAACACUUCAUCUCGGGCUUUCAGAAAUAUAACGUGAUCAGUAUGCUGUUUUAAUAUUUACGUGCCAUUUUAAUAAAAUGAAAGGGUCAAAGGCCCUCUUUCUACCAGUAUA